CAGUGGGUGUGUGAUUAUUUUAUAUGCAGGCUUUUAUAUACAUACACUUAAACUAUGCAGCAACGCAUUUAAAAAUCCAGAAGACAACGACGUCCAGAAAUCGACGCAUUUAGACGUCCAGGGACGUGCAGAAGAGACGUGCAGUUCACGUCUAUAAGACGUCAAAGACGUCGGUUCAACUUUCAUUUUGGAACUAUUUUUCAACCAUGACGGGACGUCUCGGAUGGACGUCUUUUCAACGGUCAAAAGACGUCCAAAUGUUUGCUGGGCAGCAACACAUUAGACUGAAAUGAACAUUUGAACAUCCAUGGAAUUCCAGAUAACAUUUCCAAUUCCAAUUCCAAUUCCAAUUCAGCCAGUACUUAGAAAAACAGACCCUCUAAUAAAAUGCAUCAUAGACAACAAGGCAGACAAACUUCGCAAAAUAAUAAGAGGCAGAGAUAUUAAUGGAUUGUACCCUUCUGAAGACUGGAAAGAUGAUGUUACUCCAUUAUCUGCAGCAGUUUUAUGCAGAAAUGAAGAAAUCUGCUCUUAUCUACUUGGAGAGUCAGCCGAUCCAAACAAACCCUCAACAAAUGGACGAACACCUUUAGAUUAUGCUAUUUUAACAAAUGGAGUUUCACUGAGUAUUGUGAAAAGAUUACUUGCAGCAAAAGCUGAUCCAGACGGAUUUCAGUUGUUUACUCCAUUGCAAUGUGCUGUUGAUCGUGACCGUGAAGACAUUGUGAAAGCACUUAUAGAGGCUGGAGCUUCACCUGAAAGGAACUAUGGGAUGAAUCCAGAGCUUGAUAAAAAAGUGGAGAGAAUGAUUAGUCGAUUGUCUUCACAGAGUCAAGUGUUUGAGAAUGUACAUCAGUUUUUCUCUCUUUCUUGUGCUGUAGGAACGAAGAAGGAGAUAGAAGUUUUCAGACUCUAUAAUAAACAUUUUUUUCAAGAGCAUCCUUUCAUUCAUACAGUUUUGUUUGAGAUGUAUUUUGGUGUCAUUGGUAAGGGUGCAGAGCAGUAUCGUCAAAGUGCCAUUAAGUGGUUAAAAGACACAAAGAGUGCAGACAGAUACAUUGAAGGAGUCAUCAAACGCUUCCCAAGAAUGCCUCAGAAACACUGGCCAAAUGCACUGAACUGCUUAUAUGCUGCUUUGUGUGUCAGUGAAAGCAUUUCUGCUCCACUAUUCACUGAUCUUGUGCCAAUUCUAACAAAAAGUCUUCAGCACUCUGGAAAUGCACAAGGAGAAAUAAUAAAUCAGGUGAUUCUUAAUAUACUCAAUGUCAUGAUGCAGAAGACGUCUGAGCAGAAACUGGGAAUAAACCUUUCUGUCUAUGAGAAGUUAUGCAAAAGUCUAUUGCCUUUCACACGUCCUGAUCAUUCAAGUCUGAUUAGAGUUUGGACCUAUGGACUGUUUGCUUAUAUAUAUGACAUUGCUCCUAAACUUGUAGCAUUGACCUCUGUCCCAGAGAUGAUACUAAACACUGCAGAGAUAGAGAUGGAUGCAGUCAUGAAAAAGAAACUGCACAAGUUGGAUGAAUCACUGAGACGUCCAGCGGGUUCGAGUGCAGUGGAUAGUUUAUGUGAGGAGACUGCAGCUCUAUCAACAAGCAGCAAGAAGAAGAAAAAGAAAAAGAAAAAGAAGAAAAAAAUCCAGCAAGAGGUUGGAUCACAGGAAGGUGAAAGUAAAGAAGAACCACUGUCAGACACUGUAGUGACAUCGAUUGAGGAAACAAAUUCCAGUGUGCAGCCAUUCAUACAACCUGAAGAGAGCCCAAAUAUCUCAAGAAGGUGGCAUCAAAUCAGCCGUCGUUGGAGGUCCAAGCUUGAGAAGCUAGCUAACAUUGAUGCUAGCAAAACAUACAGACUGGGAAACCUUACGCUUGUUCUUGACCCUGAAUUUCUGAUCGCUAAAGGAAGUGAUGGAACGCAGGUUUUCCUUGGUUUGAAGGAUGACGGCACUGAGGUGGCUGUGAAACGAAUGAACAGGUUUAAUUACCAAGACCUUAAAAAUGAGGAGGAAUUUCUACGACUUCCAGAACUUGAGAGUCCCUCCAUUGUGCGAUAUGUGGACUUUGCAGAGGAUAUGCAUUUUGGGUACCUUGUUCUUCAGCUUUGUGAGUACACACUGGAGGAAUAUAUCCAAGAUCACUUACCAGAUGACAGCGCUGAGAGAUCUUUGAUCCUGAAGAAGCUGGUGAAGGAAGUUCUUGACAGCUUACAGGUUUUACACGACAAGCAGACCAAAGUGCUCCAUCGAGACAUCAAACCCCAGAAUGUCCUGAUUGACAUAAAAGGACAAGCCAAAUUGGCUGAUUUUGGCAUAAGUCGUCGACUGAAACAAGGCGAAACCACUUUACGAACAAGCAUUGCUGGAACUAGAUGCUGGAAGGCAAAGGAGACCAUUAAUGAGAAAGUCAACACUGGCUACAAGAGGAGCUCUGACAUUCAGGUUGCUGGGAUGUUAAUCUACUACAUUCUCUCUGGAGGACACCAUCCAUUUGGUGAAGAUGUGGAUUGUGAGUACAACAUUUCACGAGGAAUAUACUCACUGGAGCUUCUGGAUGAUGAUGUAGCGAAGGAUCUCGUCGAGUGGAUGAUCAAUGAAGAUCCAAAUGAGAGACCAACUGUGGAGCAGUCCCUUGCACACCCCUUCUUCUGGACUGAUGAAAGGAGAGUGCGGUAUCUGAAAAUAUUGGGAAAUGAGAAAGAGGCUGAAAACUGCCGUAAAGCAGAUGAGGAGCUCCUUAAUGCCAUUGCAAAAUACAGCGAGGGGAAGAGCUUUUCUGAAUGGAAGAGUAAAUUGCCUUCUGAGCUUGUGGAGAAACUGGACGGUAAGAAGAAAGCCUAUCCUGAGAACACACUGGGCCUGCUGCGAUUUAUACGCAACCUGCACGAGCAUUAUAAAGCUGAUGCUGUGAAAAUCAACCUGAUGGAAUUAUUUCCGGAUCUCUUUGGGAGUUUGUACAUUUUUGCUAAAGAGAGCGGAUGGAACUCCAGGGAAAGUGUUCAUAUGGACAUCAAAUCGGCAUCAUGAACGUCAAUGCAACACAGGGACUGAGCAUAAAUAUUGAACAUUUGAACACUGAACAUUUACACGGCUUUUAAGUAGUUUUAGGUUUUUUUUUCCCAGUUACCAAAAUACAGAUAAUUUAAUCUUUAAAAAAAAAAUAUUUUGUUACAUAAAUCUUUAACAUAAUUUUAAAAAUUAUAUGAAUAAAUGUGUAAUAUUUUGUACUUGCAUGCAAUUUACGUUUUUACGACCUUCUGUGGUGGUGUUUGUUGCUGUUUAGUCUUUUUAGAGAAAAAAAAGAAUGCUUUAUAAUCUCGUGAGCCUGGGAUUGGCGGGAAAACUCAUGAUGAUGUCAUUUAAAAAUUACUCAUAAUCACACCUUGGUAGAGAUGGUUAUUAUAAAGUGACAACUGCUCUUAACAUUACUGUGAAAUGUCCCAUCACGAACAUUCAGUGCUAUGCAGUAAGAUUCAGAGAGGUUUGUUGUUAUUUAUUGUUAUGUGUUAAGAAGGUUUUUAUUAUGCGCCAAAUAUAUAAUGGCUCAUCUGAUUUAAAACAAAUGUUGAUGUAUUCCUCUCAACUGACCUUUAGUCUUCAUACGUUUCUCCUAAUUUGUGUUUUUCGCCAUCUGCUGGUUGGAUAUAUUCAAUACCGCUCUAAAAUAAAAAUAAACUACCUUUAA